GAUGAUUUCUUGACCGAACCUAGAUCAAUGAGCCAAAUCGUUCGAAACAACAAACGCACUCUUACUCAAUGUAAUGGGACUGUUCGACUCGUAUGUCUGGGCUGACAGGUACAACGCGAUCUUGGGUGACAGACGCGGCAAUUUCUGGCUUGCUGUUGGUGAACCUUCCUUGGGGCUUGACAGAGAGCGGGUUGGUUGAGGGUGGUGUGCCACGCGCUUGUGAGGAUCCUGCUUGUGAGUCUGUGGAGGAUCUGCUGAAGAAUCCAUCGUUGCCGAACGCCUUGGUUUGUGUGGGCGACCUCGCACGGUGUGCUGUACUGCCUCCGAAAGGACUGCCUCCAGAAUCACUGCGUGCAAAACCGUACGGGUGGUAGCCCGCGCGGGCGGGCGAUGUCUUUAAGGUUGCACAAAACAUCGGGAUUUUGAUGUAGAGUUGGUAAUGGAAAAGGACGAGGUGACAGUUUCGCUUUGCGGUAGGCAAACAGUAGAGCACAGAGACACACGUGACUUCUUUCAC